UCUGUGCUCCGUUACUGGCCUAACGACCGGCCGAGUGAUUCCAACCAACCGGAGCAAAGUAUAUAUAUAUAUAUCUUUCCCUCUCUCUCUUUCUUUCUCUGUUCAUCUUCUGCCCGCCUCUCCUCUUCGCUCUCUUCAUUGUUUUAUGCCCCCGGCACACCUGCCCACAUUCCCCUGGUACCGCCGCGCUCUCGUCCCGAUGUUCGGCCUGGGUAACAGGAAGGUCCUCAAAUACUCCGCCAUCGAAACGUCGCUCUCCCUUGACGUCGAGGAUACGGUCACGUGUUUCUGCAGAAAAGCCAGACGAAAGGAGAAAGAUGCGGGAGCCACGGAGGAUCCUAAACUGUACCUGGAGGAGGCCGCUCUCGAGAGACAGUUGCCGGAGCUGGACCUGAGGAUGCUCGUGGAUUUACCGCCCGGUCUGGAUUACAACGAGUGGCUGGCGUCGCACACCCUCGCACUAUUCGAUCAUAUUAAUCUCGUCUACGGCACGAUAUCCGAGUUUUGCACCAUGACGGGUUGUCCCGAUAUGACCGGUCCCGGCUUAAGAACGUAUCUAUGGUUCGACGAAAAGGGGAAAAAAACGAGAGUGGCAGCACCGCAAUAUAUAGAUUAUGUUAUGACAUUUACGCAACGCACCGUUAGCGACGAAACUAUAUUCCCGACAAAAUACGCAAACGAGUUUCCGAGCUCGUUUGAGUCGAUAGUGCGUAAGAUCCUGCGGCUACUGUACCACGUGGUGGCACACAUCUACCACUGCCACUUCAGGGAGGUGGCGCUUUUGGGGUUGCAUGCUCACCUCAAUUGUGUGUUCGCCCACCUCACGCUCCUUAAUCAACGCUUCAACCUUAUAGAUCCCAAGGAGACGGAGAUUCUGGGGGACCUAGAGGCCGCCCUCUUGGGUGACUCGACAUCCGCGCCUUCGCAGACCUUAGCCAUCCAGGAGACUCCGACCUCCACAACCACUACCAAUACCACCUAGAUCGCCGCGAUGCGUAAUAGCAUGCGAGCAGAGGUUGCAGUUCCUGAGAUUAGGUGACGAUAGGUGAUUCGUUUGUUCGUUCGGUUUCUUUUUGCCUUCAUUUUAUUCUUUUUAUAGACCACAUGCGAAAAAAUAGAAUUUAUUGCGAUACGAUCGGCUGGUGGAUGAAGAGAAAAAGAGAGAGAGGGAGAGAGAAAAAGAAAGAAAGAUAGAGAAUGAGAGAAAGCGGCGAUUCUGUAAAAACAAAGAAAAGAUACCAGUAGUACCUGUACAUAGCAAAGUGUGAACAACUACAUGAUGUAAUUAGGUUUCUCCGUUUGUUGUUUGUGAGAUUGUACAUAAUUUAUUAAAUGGUAAGAUAUAUAUAUACACGAGAGAGAGAGAGAGAGAGAGAGA